AUGGAAGCGUUGCCGCCGCCCGAGCGGCUGGUGCUCUCCGAAGCUCCUGCAGAAAACUGGACAAAAUUUCGUCAACGAAUGGAGCUAUACUUCAAGGCCACAACAACGACGCCGGAACGGACAAAGGCCCAGAAAGCAGCAACCUUCCUUCACGUUGCAGCUUGCUGCAAGGCGCGAAAGAGCGUUCAACAAGUUGACUAUCAUAAUGCGCCCCAAGAACGAACCGAGGAAUCCGAUGACGAGUUUCAAGUUCUAGUGGUAAGCGUCAACGACGUAUCGAGAAACUCGGAAUGGGUAAUCGCCACAAAGCUGGCCAACCAUGACACAAAGCUAAAGGUGGACACAGGCGCGCAGGCCAACCUUCUUCCCCACUCUCUGGUUCUCAAGCUCGGCAAGACAGCGACAACUCGACCUUCAGCAACGGUAUUGACAGGCCACGACGGUGGUGUAAUCAAGCAUUUUGGAGUCGUCACCUUGCCGCUACGCAUCGGCGAAAUCGAGGAGCCAACAGACUUUUUCGUCGUUAAGAAAGGCAAGCAAGCGCUCUUGGGACUGGACACUUGUGAACGCUUCGGGUUGAUUUCAAGGGCACAGUGCCUGCAGGUUCAAGGACAUCUGGAGUCCAGGAUUGUCAGCGAAUUUCCACAGCUGUUUUCAGGUCUGGGGUGCUUGAAGGAAACCUGCAGCCUACGCCUCGAAGAAGGGGCGACGCCAGUCGCGUUGCCAGCGCGUCGUGUUCCGUACUGCAUCCGAGAGCCAAUGCGGACUGAGCUUGCACGUAUGGAACGACACGGCAUCAUUGAAAAGGUAGAGGAGCCCUCUGACUGGUACGUUGCUGGAAAGGACUUGCAGUUGGCUGACGCACUGUCCAGGAUAGCAGGCAGCGACAACAGCGCCAGUCAAGACGAUUCUGAUUACGUCACAAUCCAUGCAACCUCAGUGUUGAAUACCCUCGUCAGCCCAGCGAUGAUGUACCGCCUGGCAGAAGAAACUAAGGCAGACGACGACCUAAGACACAGUGUUGUUAAUGAUGGAAUAUUGUCGCAGAGCCUGUCCCUGCUGGUGUUCCCCUUCCUGCCAGCAUCCAACCUGUUCUUCCCGGUGGGCUUUGUGGUGGCCGAACGGGUCCUGUACAUGCCCAGCAUGGGAUUUUGCCUUCUCGUUGCACAUGGCUGGCACUUGAUGCUCAAGAACUAUGCCGACAGUCGGCUGACCAAGAAUUUCCUGUGGUUCGGGCUCCUCUUUCUUCUCACAAUGCACUCCUUGAAGACAUUUGUGCGCAACUUCGAAUGGGAGUCCGAGUACAGCAUCUUUAUGGCCGGACUCAAGGUCAACAGCCAGAAUGCGAAGUUGUACAACAACGUGGGCCACGCCUUGGAGGGACAGGGGGACUAUGCCCGAGCGCUGGAGUACUUCCUCAAGGCCGCCAGUGUGCAGCCUGAUGACAUUGGUGCUCACAUGAAUGUCGGCCGCACAUACAACAACCUGCUGAUGUUUGAAGAAGCGGAGGCUGCCUUUAUCAAGGCCAAGGACUUGCUGCCUCGACCAAAACCAGGCGAGCCCUACAAGGCCAGAAUUGCACCGAAUCAUCUUAAUGUCUUCCUCAAUUUGGCCAAUCUCAUAUCAAGAAAUAAUUCUCGUCUUGAAGAAGCUGAUGGUUUGUACCGCCAAGCAAUCAGCAUGCGUGUAGAUUAUAUUCAAGCAUAUAUCAACCGGGGAGAUAUUCUGAUCAAACUCAACAGGACUAAGGAAGCGCAGGAGGUCUAUGAGCGAGCCCUUUCACUGGAUGCCACAAACCCCGACAUCUUGUACAAUCUUGGCGUUGUGUUUUUGGAGCAAGGCAGACCAGGGGAUGCGCUCAUGUACUUCAACAAGGCCUUGGAAUUGGACCCUGAUCAUGAGCAAGCGCUGAUGAACUCUGCCAUUCUUAUUCAAGAGAGUGGGAACUCAAAGCUCCGUCAACUGGCAUUUGAAAGGUUGGAGUUGCUGCUUAACAAAGGCAGGGCCAAUGAGCGUGUCUACUUCAACUUGGGCAUGCUCUCCAUGGACGACAAAAAGGUGGAAGAAGCCGAGCAAUGGUUUCACUUGGCCAUACAAGUGAAAAAUGACUUUCGUAGUGCCUUGUUCAACCUUGCCCUCCUUUUGACGGAUUCAAACAGGCCACUGGAGGCUGUUCCACACCUUCAAAAGCUUCUUCAGUAUCACCCGGACCACAUUAAAGGACUCAUCCUUCUGGGUGACAUCUACAUAAACCACAUGAAGGAUCUGGACAAGGCGCAGCAGUGCUACGAACGCAUCCUGUCUCUGCAGCCUGACCAUGUUCAGGCACUGCACAACCUCUGCGUGGUGCAAGUUGAGAGGGGUGCACUGUACCAGGCUGAAGCCUGCCUCCUGCGAGCACUGAAGCUGGCACCGGGCGAGAGCUACGUCGCCAAGCACUUGGCCAUUGUGCGCAAUCGCAUACACAGGUAUCAAGAACAUUUAAAGAAGGCAUCCUCAAGAACGACUACAUCAUCCUCCCUGAAGCAGGCUGCACAGAGCUCCAGCAGAAUGACAUGAAAGCACCGCUGCCAAUGUUAUUUGUGCCAAACGUCUGUGACCACUAUAUGUUUACAGAAGUUGUUCUGGUGACUGAAGGGUUACUGUGCAAUUUGGUACGUGUGCGUGUGUGGAAAUUUUCACUGUGGUAGUCGGGUUAUAGAUAAGUUUUGUUUCAUUCAUUACAUAUACCAAAUGCACAAAGAGAAGUAUGCACGCUGUGCAAACACAAGAUGUUACACUGAAGGACAAUGCCAUUGUUAUAUUCUAAGUUUUUUCUUGAGUUACUGUUGUUGAUGCUUGAGACUGAUUUCAUUUUGGACAAGAAAGCAAGCAGUGCAUAUGAGUGUUGCGUCAAGUUGCAUGCAUCGUGAAAUACCAACUGUAUGCAUGAUCCGAAUGGAAAGGAGGCAGCUGGAAGAGUCACCUAGUUCUCAUAAUUUUCCAAUGCCUAGUAUGUUUAUCCAUGAAUGCGCCAUGGGUUUUUCAUUUAUAUGCAUAACAGCCAUACAAAUAACUGUGGAUAGCAGCAAUAGCCGUCAUCGGCACCUACAACACCUCUGCAAAAAGUUUCAGAAUUGUGUAUCAUGGCAGAAAUGUUUGCCUGAUUGAACAGCAGGAGUGAUUAUAUAUGGGACAGUUUUGUUGUUUUGACACAGAAAGAUAAUGUGGCUGUUCUGGUUCGAGGGGGAGAGAUUUGCAUAAUGUGUCUGCAGACUGCAAGUCACAUUCUUUAUCCAUCCACAUAUUUACAUUGUUUGUAUAUAGUUCUAGAUCAUAAUCACGAACACCACACAUUACACUCUUUCCUUUUUUUUCUAAUUAGCCAUCCUGUUUGAUCAUGGUGACUUGCACUAUAUAGCAAUGUCAUUGAGAACAUAUCAGUGCAUUAAAGCCACCUGUCGUUGCACUGGUGAUUGUACACAGAGAGAGAACACAGCAGUGGAAGCAGUGAAAUGGGGAAAAAGCACAGACAGUGCCUGUCCACAAGGCAGACGCUUUGGUUUGUCUUGUACAUUGUAAAUAAAUUAAAGCAGUGUGGCCACGCCCACUAUAUUUUUGAGAAGUCGUCAUGUACACCGUACAUGAGCUGUAGGAGAUAAAGUAUAUAGGCUUAAUGCAAAGCUAGGCAUAUCUAAGAACUCGUAGCUUGUUAGUACAAUGUAUGUAUUUUGAAAAAAUACUCAUGCACGCAUUUGUGACCACAGUUGCUGUACAUAGAAUGUGCAGUUAGCUUCUCUUUAUAAUAGGAAAAAGCAGGCAACUAGAAAGAUUUUGUUAUCCUCAUGUACGAGUGUUCGUUGUCGAGAGUAAUUAGUGGAAUGAAGUUAACCGCUUAUUCUGGCGUUGUCUACGUUUGGGACCACAUUGGCUUUAGGACUAAUGUACUGCUGAAGUUUCAAUCUGUCAAAAAAAUUAAGGGGGGUGAUUUAAUGAACAUACUUAUUAAACGGUUAUUUUUGUGCUGUU